CGAGUUUUGGAGGGAACGUGAUGAGAACCACCGGGCGCCUUUCGACGCGAAAUUUUCCGGAUUUUUUGGCGUUGUCGGUCGUAUUUUAAGCGACCGAUUGCGCGUCUCGGCUCGUAGUUUCGGGUCAUCGUGUCAAAGUAUCGUUUCGCGACGAAGGAAACUCGAAAUCUUCGUGAACUUUGCCAAGUCAACUUCGACAAGGACGCGCCGCCAUGUUGCUAUUUGUUAUCUCAACAUCGUACGUUGCAGUCUGAAACCUUCUCGCGAAUCGUCGAGUCGGAAAUAUUCGGCAGAGAGCCAGGACAUAUUAAUCGUGUAUUGUCGAAAUACGCAACGAUCGCGAGUGUAUUUUCGGAGUUUGGAAAAUGUUCCGUGUUUCGCCGGAUUCUCGAAAUCGCGUCGGCGCCGAUGCUCGGACGAUUCUCGAUUUCCUGGUGGCGACAGCGAAGCUUCUAGGAGGAUAAUUUCUGCUGCAGAGGUUGAUUUUCUACAGGGAAAACGGAGCUGAGGAAUCCGGAGUACGCCGAGAUCGGGGAAGAAUAAUAGUCAAAAUAUGGGCACAUAUAUACGUAUUCUUCGCAAAAGGGAAAGUGAAAGUGUCGGUACAUAUUAUCUAACGUCGGUAAGUUAUCCGCGUAAAUAGUCGGAACUCUGUAACAUACUUUACCGACCAAGCAGACGCCAUAUUGUUUCGCGUCGUGAGAGUCGUUGGUCGAGGUAACGUCGUGUCCCGCGUUUUCGCGUUUUAUUCUCUUUUAAAGCGUACCUCGUACGAGUUCGAGUACCGGGAGUGUCGAAGAAAGUGUCGGGUGAUCGUGUUAAUUAGUAAUCUCGCGUUAAUUCGCGCUCGUCAAGUGUAUUUUUCCGAUGUUUGUAUUCGCGAGUGCAAGUGCUCAGAAAGACGAAUUGUCGGAGGCAACAAUCGGAAGUUGGCGCCGAAGCUCGAUCAGCUGAUAGCAGCGCCGAUGUAUCCGGAUGAUGCACUCCGUGGGCAAUGGCACGAUGGUCAACAGUGCUAUCCGGAGUGUUCUUGGCUCUCUGCAUGGUUCUCUCCCUGGGGAAGCUGUUGUUGCUCGCCGCAGGGACCGGAAGUAAUGGAGAACUCACGGAGGCGGACCAGUGGCUCGCCGAGAUCGGCCUCGCCAAAUAUCGUCCGCUCUUUAGGAAAAAAGGCAUCUCGACCCUUGCGAGUUGCGGUGAGGUCGACGCGCUUCCCGAGCUUCCGGCUCAGGAUGAAGAACGUUUGCAGCGCGCCGCGCGUCUGCUGCAACAGAGGCUGGUGUUACGUCAAUGGUUGACGGAUCAUGGCCUACACAAUUAUUAUCAAAGGUUGAUGCAGAUGGAGGUGAUGUCCCUGGAGGAUGUGUACUGGGUGGAGGACAAUGCGGCACGAGCAGCCCUUGGCAAGGAUCUACCGCGGUGGAUCCAGGCCAGGCAGACAUUGCCUACUUCAAAGGAAGAUUUAGAAACUCUAAAAGCGGAUCUGUGGAGUGCCGUGGUGAAGAACAGCCAACAUCAGGACGCUUGGACAUGGGGCGGGAUGCUGGUAGUUUCCGUGUCAGUGGCAGGGCUGGUUACCCUGGCUGCAAUGACGCAGCCCGCUCUGGCACCCGAAGCGAAACAUUCUCUUCUGCAGUAUGUCACAGGAAAAUAUUUAUUGCCGAGUAACUGCCGCGUUCAUUUCGAGUGGGAAGAGCCUCAGCUGGUCGGCGAAACGAUGACUUUUACUGUAAAAUUUUAUCAGCGCAACGGUCAGCCGUAUCCGAUAUGCGACAAGGAUAAUUUGAUCGUGGAGGUGACGGAAGAUACGCGCAGGGUGGCUACGUUAAUAGAACUGGGAGGCACCGACCCCUUAGCUGCGAAUACUGCAGUAGUCAAGUUUACUGUCCGCCAUGCGGGACAAUAUCGAAUAGCUGUACUUAUCGGAUCGUGUCAUGUUCAUGGCAGCCCGUUUCUUAAGAAUUUUCUUCCCGGCCCUCCAGAUCCAAAUAAGACGGUCUUUGUACGACAAAGUUCUACGGUCGUUUGUACAGCCGGAAUAGCGCAUUCGAUGACAAUAGAACCACGCGACGAAUAUGACAAUCUGUGCAUAUUUGGGCCCAGGGAUCAGCCUACCGAAGGCUAUAAUGUUAAUAUUACUCAGAUCGGUAGUAUAGGAGAUAAAGGAUCGAUGGUAGAUUGUAGUAUUCAGCUCGACUACGAUUCUCCAAAUCAAAGAAUUCGUUUGAAAGUUAGCUUUCCGAAAGGCGGAUGUUAUCACGCGACUGUUAGUUUAGCGGGAUUGCAGUUGCAUAAUGGAGACUUUGAUAUCAUUGUGCUCGAGAGUUCUGUCGCGAGAAUGGUGCACAAUAACGUAGCGUCCAAGGAUCCUGAUAUUUGUUAUGUCGCGAAGCUGCUGGGCAUGCAAGGAGAGAGGUUUUCCAAACCAAAGAAAGUCUUCUGCUUUAUCUCGCCUAAACAACUUACGAUUAAGGAAUAUCUAUUAAAAUUCAUUCCAAAAAGACUCGUAACGUUUAGACUAUGUCCUUCGACUAAGUUCCAUUUUGAAAGUUCUACUAAUCAACACGAGGGCUAUUAUCCAUUCUCGAUAGACGACGGAUGUCAACCACCCGUUGAGUUAAUAUCUCUGUACCGUGACAUAAUAGCCGCCACAUUCACUUUGUUUCUUUUGAAAAACAUCGGCGGCAGUGAGACGUUCGCCGAUAAACAAGACUUUUUCUAUCACGAGGUCCGCAAGCAUCAUCAGAAGCAUUAUCACGAAAAACUGUCGAUGAAAGUGCAGCGCGAUAAGCUUUUAGAAUCGUCUAUGAAAGCCACUAAAGGAUUUUCCGUGAGCGAUUGGUGCCGAAAUUUUGAAAUCACUUUUCAAGGCGAGCAAGGCGUUGAUUGGGGCGGCGUUCGACGCGAAUGGUUCGAAUUGAUAUGUGCCGCGCUGUUCGAUCCGGGAAACGGAUUGUUCGCGUCAUUUGGAGAAUCUCAACAGGCAUUGGUGCAUCCAAAUCCGAAACGGCCGGCGCAUCUUAAAUUGAAACACUACGAGUUCGCCGGACGUAUCGUGGGGAAGUGUCUUUACGAGUCGGCGCUCGGCGGAUCCUACCGUCAGUUGGUGCGAGCGCGAUUCACCAGAUCAUUCCUAGCGCAAAUUAUAGGACUUAGAGUACAUUACAAGUACUUUGAACAAGACGAUCCUGAUUUGUAUUUAAGUAAGGUGAAGUACAUUCUUGAAAACGAUGUUGAGGAAAUGGAAUUAUACUUUGUUGAAGAGGAAUACGAUAAGGACGGCCAAUUGUUGAAGGUAGCGGAAUUAAUUCCUGGUGGUAGCAAGAUCCGAGUGACCAAUGAUACAAAGCUUCGUUAUCUGGACGCCCUCGCUCAGCACCGGCUUGCCAGCUCCAUUCGCAAUGAAGUCGAUCAUUUCUUGCGCGGCCUUAACGAAUUGAUUCCCGAUAAUCUUUUAGGAAUAUUCGACGAAAACGAAUUGGAGUUAUUGUUAUGCGGAACCGGCGAAUAUAGCGUAGCGGAUUUGCGCGCGCAUCACAUAGCUAACGGAAGUUCUCCGGAGUUUCUUCGAGUACUCGACUGGUUCUGGACGGCGGUGAGUAAUUUUACGCAGGAGGAGAUGGCGCGGUUACUCCAGUUCACUACGGGCUGCUCGCAAUUGCCACCCGGUGGAUUUCAACAAUUGAGUCCGCGUUUCCAGAUCACGGCUGCACCAACGUUCGCUAACUUACCCACGGCACAUACUUGCUUUAACCAACUCUGCUUACCCGAUUACGAGUGCUACGAUCAUUUUGAACGAGCGUUACUAUUGGCCAUCAGCGAGGGUACCGAAGGUUUCGGCAUGAUUUAAGAAUCCAGGAAUCCGCUAAAUUAGUCGACUCUAAUUAGAAAGGCACUGUGUUAAUUAAACAAUUAUGUACUCAUCUUUUCUCCGAUGAUAAAAAAAACUCACGUAUCCUCUCUCGCGAAAAAUAGAUCCUAUCAUAUGAGUUUGUCCCCUUAAUAACUUCCUUGCCGUCGACGAAGAGGUCGGAAAGAGAGGAUAACUUUAUCGCACGUUUUGUAUACAUAGAUGAGAGAGAACUCUUUUUAAAAUUAUCCUUCUUCUAUUUUACGCCGAAGACUAUCAGGAACAAUAUAAUCUUCCGACGAGUAUGGAGAAUUGCAAUUUCUACUUGAACCGCGGCGACAUUUUUAUAAAAUGGAAGAUAUUCCGAGCAAGAGCAAUGUUACCUCAACAUCAAAAUUGCUCAAUAUUAUUGUAUCGAGAUGUAGCGUAGUCGAACGUAUAACAAUAGGUUUUGCGUUAUGUGAACGUAGACACAUUAAUACGUUCCUCGAACGACGAUGUAGUUAAAGUCGCUGUAAACGACAUACGAUAGAGCAAAUCAAAAUACGCAUAGAUGACUUUUCCUUUCUUCACAGAUAAGUAUUAUGUGUAAGGAGAGAACGCAUUUGACGAAGGGAUCCUUGUAGCAGUUAUAACGUUCCAUUUAUCAGUAUUUUUUUUUUGCCAACACAUUCUUGUCGAAUGACGCACAGUAUUGUGAUUUUAAGAUGACUUAAAAACAAUGCUAAUACAUUGAAGCUUUGUGCCUAGCCGUUUUUUACUUCUUUCGUUUUAUCCCACUCACAUAAUUACAGCACAGCAAUUAUACGGUACUUCCAACGUCAAAGAUGACGGAUAACGUAAGCUAAUUAGCGUGUACGUCCUGUACUAAAUACAAUUGUAUUCCGAGACACUACGCAUUAUUUCUUAUCAACGCAAAAUAAAAUACUCGCGGUAAUAAUAAAGUGAUUACCUAGUCAUAAUAAAAUACUGUAAUCGUACUGCGAGCAUCGCAUUCUGAUGUAUACGUAUUUAUUUAAGAUGCAGUAACAUGUACUAUUAUAUAUAUUAAGUAGAGAAGGAUUACAUAUUGAAACGUAGUAAUCUUCGCUAUAGCGGGCAAUUCGUCGUGAGAAAAUGCACGAAUUUGCCAACGAUCGCAAAUCGUACUACGCCUCGCAGUAGUAGAACAAACUGAUCGCCUCGUCAGAUAACGUUCUGACGAUACAAUUUAUUUUUAUCAGUUUAUCAUGUUAACACAAAUCACAGGAAUCUAACAAUAUAUAGAUUAAAAAAGGUAAUAAUAUUA